AUGAUAUGGAGGGGAUUGGAACACCUGAAUCCAAUCAUUUGGAGGGGAUUGGAACACCUGAAUCACAUGAUUGGGAGGGGAUUGGAACACCUGAAUCACAUGAUAUGGAGGGGAUUGGAACACCUGAAUCACAUGAUAUGGAGGGGAUUGGAACACCUGAAUCACAUGAUAUGGAGGGGAUUGGAACACCUGAAUCACAUGAUUUGGAAGGCGAAUACAAUACUUUUGGCAAUAUAGUGUAUGCUAUAAGUAGCUUAUAUAUAUUAUUAUUAUUAUACAGGAUUUAUAUAUUAUUAUUAUUAUACAGGAUUUAUGGCGCCAACAGUUUGCUCAGCGCUUUACAAUAUAACGGGAGACAAUACAGAUCAAUACAAGAGGGAUGGGAGGGCCUGAUCCUGGGAGCUUACAAUCUAGGAAUAUAUAUAUACAGUCAUGGCCGAAAUUGUUGGCACCCUUGA